AUGGGAGCGCGUUACCCACCUUCUUCCCCAUUAAAUCCUUACCCAUCUUCAUCAUCUCCUCUCACUUCUCCCACUCCACCACCUGGUCCAUCAGUAUAUCGUCCAUUUUCUACUCUCGCUCAACCUUUCAGUCCGAGUUUACAACUUCAACGUCGCUCUCCGACUUCACAAACCCCCACUCGGUUCGCUCGACCAAGCCAAGCAGGUAAACAACGGUCGUCACCCGGCAUUACAUUCACUGCGGAAGGGACGACUCCGACCGAGAGCGCUAUGUGGAGACAAGCAUUCACCCGAAGGAUGGAAGAAAGAGUACGGCGUAAGAAAGCCAGAGAAGAGGAUCUGGCGCGGAGGCGGAAUAUGAAAUUACCACAGGAAGAGGAUGUUUUUGACGAGGAGGCGGAGCGUCAAGCUCAGAAUGAUGAAGAAGAGAUUUUUAGGAGACUGAUGGUUCUACAGCGACGUAGGGAAGAACGAGCUCAACUGGCAGCAGAAGAAUGGGAAGGGGGAGGGUCAGAUCCUGUGGCCCCCGAGUUCUGGGACGAAAUACAGAUACAACAUACUCCCAGACCGAUAAUACCAUUACGCCCCGCAGACAUCACCAUGGGCCACGAGCCACAGACUCCUCCUGUGGCGCGACCGUGGAGACCUGUCCCUUUACAAAGCGUGCAGGGUGGUCACAGCGUGACGGAGGAAAUCGAGGAAGAGCGUUGGGCUAGGGAGGCCGCGGAAGCUGAGGAGGCUGAGUUUGAGGCCGAAGAGGCGGAGUUGGCGAGACUGAUCGAAGAGGAAUAUUAUAGACAACUUCAAGCUCAGGGGAGACGGAGUGAAGCGGAGGACGACGCGAUGGAUUUGAGUUAA